AUGACGGAAGCUGUAUCUGAAUGGCUCGCUCUGGAUGUAAGAGAUGUUGACGAGAAGAAGCUACUGCCAGGCUUCAUUGGAAAGGAUGGCAUGCAAACGCAUCUCCCUACACAGAUAGUGAAGAUACCCUUCGACAAUCCUGAUCAGGUCGCCGUGGUCUCGUGGCGCUGGGACGGAGAUCUACGAACCAAGGGUUCCUGGAACGUUGCGAGUGUUGUAAACGUCGCAAAGCGGCGAGGUAUUCGAUAUCUGUUUAUCGACAUCAUCUCCAUCGACCAAACAUUGCCUAUCGACGACCUCAUCGAACAAGUUGUAGCGUUCUCAACACUGUACACGAAGAUAACGGUCCUCGCUGCCUACGAUAAGACUGGAGAUGACUGGACACAUAUGAAAUCCACCGUUCUACGCCCGUGGAUUCUGAACGAGAUCCGCCUUUUCCGGCAGAAUUCCGGCAAAAUCAUCUACGUAGGACAUGCUCGCCAGGGCUGUAAGCAAAUUGAUGAUGUUAGAGCAGAAGGUAUUGCAGUAAGGUUGGCUGCGUAUGGUGUCUCAUCCUGGGACCCCUACUUCAAACUCUUGGUCGAGACCAUCUGGCGCACUAGCUUCAUUGAAUCCAUCAUCGGUGUACUACUUGAGGAUGUUGGGAUGUCUUCCAUCUUGGACUUCAAAUACAUCAUACAUGCUUACUCACACAUUCUUUCUGUUGCGUACGAACAGAUGGAACGCAAUGACUACCUUCUAACGACGGCGAUCCUCUGCCAUACUCAUGGGAAGAAUGACUUGAUAGAAAAUGGCUUCACCAUCAAGAGAGACAUUGAGAAGCUUCGCUACUGUCGUUACAGUUUUACCGCAGUCUCAGAUGUUUCAAGUGGAUCAUGGAGAUACUAUAAGAUCUUUCUAGAUGGGACAAAAGUUGCUCUAUGGCGUGCUCACAGAGAUGAUUAUGUGUUGCACUCCCAAAAGCUUGACAAGCUUUCCAGUACUGACCGCGUCAUCUUCGCAGCAUUGGGUCUUGCGGCCUCGGAAUACAAUGAUUUUGUAGGAGAAGAAGAAGCAAGGCGCGAGUGUCUACUGAUGAAUAAUGGGAAGAAGAUGCCACCACCUGCAUUAGAAGUUGUUGAGGUUGACCUUUCACUCGACGCACCUACGGUUUGA